CUCUCCUCUUUUUUCUGUCAUAUAAUCACUCGCUUUUCCUCGACUCUUGCUCCUGUACUUUCUGAAAGACAGACGGCCCAACAGGGUAACAUUGAGCGAGAGCCUGUGCUGUCAGCAUUAAAUGCAAAUCAGAAGCUGUUGCAUAACAGAAUGCCAGCUCAUCUUGGGACACGUUGAAGCAAUGUCCACACCCAAUUUUGGAAUAGUGAGAUGGAAGUAACACUAUUGUUUGGGAUAAGGACGGAAAGCAAAACAUGAAGAGAAAACCUGUAAAGACUUUGGGUGCCUGUACCAGAAUGGAAACUGUAGCGGGAUGCUGUAGCUUCAAUCAUGUUGACCUUCACCUCGUGUAACUGUCGCUGAGAACCUUAACUUUUCAUUGUGUUUGUAUUGCAGCCCUUGCAGAAGUCAAGUGUUAAGCAUGUCACUGACAUCAGAAACAAGAGGUUUCUCGUGGAACCUGAAGAAGGUGGCAUCAGACAUGAGCCAACUCAUGGAGAAUCUGGAUACCAGAGAACUCGACGUAGAGGGGGAAGAGAUAGAUUUUUCAAAUGCAGACCCUGAUGCAAUAGGGCAUCCAUUCAGUGCAAUAUAUCAAACAAAAGCAUUUAAGGACCCAAAUGCCAAAGUCUUUCUUGCUGGAGUUCCAAUCACAGCUAAAGUUCUAGAAGCAGAACGUUUUACCUCAGGAUCUCAUGACCGGUUUAAAUUGAAACUACAGAGAAACACAACAAAGACCCCACAGUCAACUGUCUUCACAAUUGAACUGAAGCAUGGCAGGUUUAUGUGGCAGGUGAAAAGGAAGGAGAAGCACUUUCACGAGCUUCACCGGGAGCUGGUUACUUAUAAAACUUUAAUGAGAAUCCCCAUCCCAACAAGAAGCCACACUGUACGAAGACAAACAAUUAAAAGAGAAGAAGCAAGGCAGAUGCCCAGCCUACCCCGAGGAGGUGACCACCUGGUUAGAGAAGAACAGGUCUCGAGUCGAAGGAAACAGCUUGAAGACUACUUGAAUAAGCUUUUAAAAACAACAAUGUAUAAAACCUACCAUGCAACAAUGGAAUUCAUUGAUAUUAGUCAGAUGUCCUUUAUUCAAGAACUGGGACCAAAAGGCUUAGAGGGUAUGGUAAUGAAAAAAUCUGGAGGUCAUAGGAUACCAGGCCUGAAUUGCUGUGGUCAGAGACAAAUUUGUUAUCGCUGGUCUAAAAGGUGGUUAGUUGUAAAAGACUCUUUUGUGAUGUAUUUAAAACCGGACUCAGGAGCCAUUUCAUUUGUUCUGCUUGUGGAUAAAGAGUUUAAUAUCAAGAUGGGCACCAAAGACACUGAAACAAAGCAUGGACUUCGAAUUGACACACUGUCUAGGACAUUAAUUCUGAAGUGUUCCAGCUAUCGACAUGCCAGGUGGUGGGGUGGAGCAAUUGAAAGUUUUAUUCAAAUGCAUGGAAAAGCCUUUCUGCAAGAUCACAGAUUUGGGUCAUUUGCAGCUGAUCAGAAGAAUACCUUGGCAAAAUGUUAUGUCAAUGCAAAAGGAUACAUGGAAGAUGUGGCAAGCGCACUUGAAGAAGCAAAAGAAGAAAUAUUCAUCACCGAUUGGUGGCUUAGUCCAGAAAUCUUUCUCAAGAGGCCAGUAGUGGAAGGAAAUUAUUGGAGGUUAGACUACAUUCUUAAGCGCAAAGCACAACAAGGUGUUAAAAUAUUUGUCAUGCUUUAUAAAGAGGUGGAGCUGGCAUUGGGGAUCAAUAGUGAGUACACAAAAAGAACACUGAUGCGUCUGAAUCCUAACAUUAAGGUGAUGAGACAUCCUGACCAUGUCUCUUCCACUGUGUAUCUGUGGGCUCAUCAUGAAAAGCUGGUAGUCAUUGACCAGUCUGUUGCAUUUGUUGGAGGAAUUGAUUUGGCAUAUGGGAGAUGGGAUGACAGAGAGCAUCGUCUGACAGAUGUUGGAAGUGUUAAACGAAUCCUGCCAACACUUAACAGUCAGCCAACCGAUGAAGAUGAAGAAAACCAAAGCCCAGAAGAAGCCAGUCCUGAAGAGAGCCCGCCACACGCCAAUGGCAGCAGUGAGAAAAGCAGAGAUACUGUGGACAUGCCCAGACUGAAAGGAGUUGGAAAGACAAAGAGACAUCGAGCCUUUAGCCUGUAUAAGCAGCUUCAUAAACAUCACCUUCAUCAUGCAGAUAGUGUUAGCAGCAUAGAGAGCAGUGAAGAAAGUUGGUAUCAGCAUCGUAAGAGUCAUCCAAAUUUAAUAUCCAGCAUUAAGCCCCAGCUGAAGAUUUUCCAUCAUGAAUCUGAGCAAAGUCUUUGUCGGUCAGAGGCUGAAACAGGAUCAAUGAGAAGCCUGCAGACUGGUGUGGGAGAGCUGCAAGGAGACACUCGGUUCUGGCAUGGAAAGGACUACUGCAACUUUGUUUUUAAAGACUGGAUCCAACUGGACAAACCUUUUGAUGAUUUUAUCGAUAGAUACAAAACACCACGAAUGCCCUGGCAUGACAUUGCAUCAGUGGUACAUGGGAAAGCAGCUCGAGACGUGGCAAGGCAUUUCAUCCAGCGCUGGAACUUCACUAAAAUCAUGAAACCCAAGUACAGGUCAUUGUCUUAUCCAUUCCUGUUACCAAAAUCCCACAUAACAGCAAAUGAUUUGAAGUAUAAGGUGCCAGGCUCCAUUAUGACAAAAGUACAGGUGUUGCGAUCUGCUGCAGAUUGGUCAGCAGGUAUCAAAUACCAUGAAGAAUCCAUCCACAAUGCCUACAUUCAUGUGAUUAAGAACAGUGAGCAUUUUAUCUACAUUGAGAAUCAAUUUUUCAUAAGCUGUGCUGAUCAAAAAUACGUUUUCAAUAAGGUUGGAGACACCAUUGCAGAGCGAAUCCUGAAGGCAUACAGAGAAAAUAAGAAGUACCGUGUGUAUAUUGUAACACCAUUGUUACCGGGGUUUGAAGGCGACAUUUCAACUGGAGGAGGAACUUCUAUCCAGGCUGUCAUGCACUUCAAUUACCGGACAAUGAUCAAGGGAGAAAACUCUAUUAUUUCACAACUGAAGGCUGAAAUGGGAGACAAGUGGAUCAAUUACAUCUCAUUUUGUGGCCUAAGAACUUUUGCUGAACUGGAGGGGAGACUAGUCACAGAGUUAAUCUACGUCCACAGCAAGAUGCUGAUAGCUGACGACAACACCGUCAUCAUCGGUUCGGCCAAUAUUAAUGACAGAAGCAUGCUGGGAAAACGGGACAGUGAGAUGGCUGUACUUAUUGAGGACACUCAGAAAAUUCCUUCAGUCAUGGAUGGAGAGGAGUAUCUUGCCGGAAAACUGGCUCUCGAGCUGCGGCUGGAGUGCUUUAAGCUCAUUCUGGGGGGCUUCACUGAUCCUAGCAUAGACGUGACUGAUCCUAUAAGUGAUCGCUUCUUCAAGGAGGUGUGGGUUGCCACAGCUGCUCGCAAUGCAACUAUUUUUGAAAAGGUUUUUCGUUGUCUGCCCUCUGAUCAAGUGCGAAAUAAUGAUGAACUUCGAGACUUUAUAACAAAAGUAGGCUUGGAAAAGGAAGAUCCUGCAAAGGCUUUGGAAGAACUGAAAAAGAUUAGAGGAUUUUUGGUGCAGUUUCCACUGUACUUUCUCGCUGAGCAGAACUUACUGCCACCUGUUGGGACAAAGGAGUCAAUGGUUCCUAUGGAGACCUGGACCUAGAAGAGUUGCAUUUGCUUUAUGAACUAGGAAAAGCCUAGAAAACGUAAAAUUGCACCAAGUUCACUAGCAAGCCAAAUUCUAGCAGCAGGAACUUUCAGGCUGCUAAAACAGCUUAGACCUGAUUUUACACACAAACAAAACAAGAAACUAUAAGAACUGAGCACUUGUUACUUUUGUAUUGCCUGAUCUUCUGGCUAUAUGGAAAAGUAAUUUCUGUGGAAUGUAUAUUUUGUUUUGUUUUGAUUUAACUGUAAAAACAGUGUCCAUUUUUUACUCUUUGAUCUACAUGCUAUAGGACAUGCAAAUGAUCUAGGAAAUUUAAUCCAUAAUUGGAACUGGGAAAGUGAAGUAAGUGAAUGGUUUACAAUUAAGAUGAAAAAUUGAAAUGAGUACUUUUUUAAAUUGUUCGGUGAAAAUGAUGAAAAAAAUUUCCAGUGAUGCACGAGAAGAAAUUUGCAGUACAUACUGCCAUUGUUUUUACCUGUGCUCACAGAUACACUUAAUCAAUAUAAAUGACCAUUAAGUGGACACUUGUGCAGAGGACAUAGCAUUGAUAUUUAGUUCUCUUUAGUUCUUAAAAUUUCAAGUGACUCUUUGUUACUUUUGAUGCAAACUGCCUUAUUUUCUAAUAUUGAUGUGUCGUUGUGGAAGUCUAUUAAGACAGGGAAACAUUUAUCUAAAUGUAUCGUGAAGAUUCCCCCAGUCAUUUUCUUACCUGCUUUAGGUAGUUCCUGGAGCAUUAGAAGCUAGAAGUGCACCUUCAUCUAGUGUCCUAUACGUAGACUAUAUGCAGUGGGAAGUUAUUUAUAAGCCAUCAGUAGUGAAGAAUUAAGCAUUUGAGGAUGUGAUGACUUUCCAAGCAUCCAUUUCCUGAACCCCAUUAUCCCAACACAGGGUUCUGAAUUAACAUUAGACUGGUCGCCAGUCCAUCCCAAUGCAAAUUCAUGGAGAGAUCCACACUGGUAUACACUGCCCCAAUUAAUAUACACCAGUCGAACUCACACCUGAGAGAGGAAAUCAGGGGGUGGACACAUCUGGACAACUGGAGAAAGUGCAGACCCCAGGACAAUUUAGAGACAAUGAUCAUCCCAAUAUGCAUGUUGAUGGGAUCUGGGAGGAAACCAGAGUAGCAGGAGAAAGCCCAAAUGGACAUAGCUGAUAGGGACAGGGCCAAGUUUCAAACUCGGAUUCCUGGAGUGAUGAGACAGCAGCACUGUGAACUAAUUCAAUGUGCUUAAGGUUUUUUCUGCUGCUGGCGUAAGAGAAACACACUGUGGGUUACUGUCUUAAAUAUUUCUGUAUGGUACACAUAAGAUAAUGGGAGUUUUUUUUUUUAAAUUACAAUGGUUAGAGGUACUUUCUUUUUUCAUCUUUGCACUUUGUAUUGAAGAAAAAAACACAGUAAUGCACACUGUUUCUUUGUACACUGUAUUUUUACUGUCUUGAAGUGACUUAGGGUUUUUGAUAUUUAUCUUCUUUUAAAGUUUGUCAUGAUGUGAUUUGUCUAAGACACCGCCACACACUUAAUUGUGUUAAUCUUGGAAAACCUCCUUCUGCUACACUUGCUAUGCCUUUUUAAACACUCAUACUGUGUCAGUUUGUCACUUUGUAAUCAAUAUUUUCAUCCAAUCAUUCGUACAUGUCAGUUCAGUUUUUCAGGGCAGAAGUUAUUUAAUGUGAUCAUUGGUAUUCUAACAUAAAUACUAAUCUACCUUACUAAAAGUGUUUGUAUCUCUAAUUACUAGCGACAUGCAAGUUCACACACAUUUCACAUCACAAAAAAAUCAAACAGUGGAAUGCUGGUGCCAGGUCUGCCUCAACUGGCAUCAGAUCAUUGUGAAGUCCACUGGCAUUGUCAUCUUCUCACAAAAUAGAGAUUUAUAGUUGAAAACGCUAAGCAAAUCGAGAGCCUCGUAACUACCUACUGCUCAGCAAAAUCUUUUGGCUGUGGACAGCCUACACUGAAAUAUCAAAGUUUAGAAUUGAGAUGAAAAAGGUCAAAUCACAAUAAUAUAGAACCAACAUGCAGAUUACGCACUGCCUGCUGCACAUCCAGUAGCAUUGCUGAAUUCUGUGUGGCCUGGUGUUUUUCUGCCUCUUGUUCCUUCUGUACCAGAAUUCUAACAUUUUAAAACAGAAGCAUAAAUCCUGCAUACUUCUUUUCUAUGAACUGGAAGGGGCACACACAGGCAUCCUUGGUUGCUUUUUCAAAUUUAGAAAUGUCAUUUUCAGUGGUGGAUGAAAAUCAACGUGCAGUAUAAUAUCUUGUGCUUGUGCUACCUUUAAGUGAACAAAUGGCUCUGGAUUCCCUGUAUCUCUUCCCUAGCAUGUGCUUCAUGUGCACGACUGGGAAAAGCUUGAAUUGGUAGUACUAAUGUGAUAAAAACCAACAACAGAGCACAGUGCUCAUUUUAAUGUGGGUGAUGACCAUAAGGCCGGAAUACUAAACUGGAAAGUUCAGGUUGAACAUCCACGUACACACACAUACGCCGUAUGGAGAACACUGCAGGGCCAAUAGAUCUAGCGCCCCAAGCUAGAAACAGACUUGUCGUACCCGCUAGAAAGGCGAUUUCACAUGAUACAAGGAGUAAUAUUUGAUCAAAUAAAUAAUUCUUAGAGCAUGUAAUAGAAAAUAGAAAAAAAAUAUGCUCUAAAUCCUACUAUUUAUAAAAACUGAUUGAUUUGUAUGGAAUGAUUGCAAUAAAAUAAAAAGAAAAUAGAAAAAAUAUAAAUAGACAAAGCUGACGGUUGUUAUAAUUUUGGUUAAGUUAAAUUACGGUGGAAAGAUUUUGACUUGUUUUACACAACAUCUGGUGAGGCUGUACCUCACUGGCUCUUACUGCACUGAUCAAUUAUCACACUCAUCCAUUUCUUGGUUGUGUUGUGGGGGCCCAGAGUACACGUUAAUAUCCAUUUACAUUUUCACAUAAAUCACAGUGAACAUGAUCAGCAAGGUCCAAACGUUCAUCAGUUCUCCAAGCGGUGUACAUACAUUUAGAAUGGUGACAAUGGUAUUCCACAAGUAUCUUUGUACUUUAGUACUGGAAGAGCUGAAUGCAGCCACACAUCUCAUUCCCAUAACACUUCAACAGCGAGCCAAAAUUUAAAAAAAUGUGUACAAUUACUCAGUAAAGUCAAAAAUCAAAUUAUUCAAUCCUGAAACCUCUCAUAAAAUGUACACAUUAUAACUUGUUGCUUCUUCUACUGUGUACACAAAGUCGCACUAGAUAUGGAGAUCAAAAUGUUCAUGUCCUGUUGUAGGUGGGACCAGCUAUGGUACAUUUACUCAGACAUCCAUCCAUCUUUCAAAACAGGGUUUCCGGAACCUUGGCAGCAUCUGGUAUCACGCUCACACACCAGCUAAUUCAUGUUUGGCCAAUUUAAAGCUAAAGUUAAGGUUGAAGAGAUUCCAUUUGUGUUUGCAGUGAUGCAAAUAAAUAAAUGGCUUUAUACUUUUGUAUUUUACUUCCGUUAAUUUUAAUAAAUUAUGUAUAUUACUGGUGGUAUUUUAUACUCAAUUUUACAUUUGUCCAGCUGUACAUGUUUUUAUUUUGUGAGUAUGUCCUUGCUCGCAGCAUUGUUGAAGAGUCUCUACUGUAGUGUUGAUUUCUCUUCCCUUUUCUCACAGUUUAGUCUGGAACUGACAAUACUUGCUCUUGCAGCUUCUCAGCUGAGACAAGACAUGAAGCACUGACAUGUGUCGUUGGACUUGUCUUGUGGAGUGUAUUCCUUCACCUUCCUUUUGGUGGUCUAGGUCCUACUGUAUCUACAGUAUAUGCACUUCUAUUUUAUUUAUCAUUCUUAUUAUUGUUGUUAUUUUUAGUAUGUAGCAAAGGCCUUAACAAUGCAAUGUAGGAUAGGAGAACAAAACAGGGAUGGAGAUGGGUCUCCAGAAUUGAUCAUGUUGGUUAGUAGACAUGGUAUGCAAAAAAUGAGAAUUCACCAACGUCCUUUUAAAAAAUGCCUUUUUAUGAAAAUUCACAAAUGUAUAAUUAUGCUAUAUUUGCUAGUUGUUUUUUUUUUUGAAUCAUUUCAACUGUUUUAAGCAGAGUUUACUACUGUAUAAUAUAUUGAGUAAUUAUAACUGAAUCAAAAAAUACAUUUUGGGAUAAAAAAAUUUUAUGUCACAUUUUUCCACCUAAAUAAGUAAAUUCUAAUGAAUUCUAAUUUUAUUAUGAUGAAAUUAGUUAAUUCACACAUAGGUUGUUUCAGUAGUGCUAACAAAUAAAUUAAUAAAAGUAAUCUUUUAAUCAACGGUGUGUAAUAAACACUCAAAUUCCCAUUUAUAAUAUUACAAUGUAUAUGUAAGAACGUUAUAUAAAAAAUUGAAAAACUCUUUUUUAUUUUGGCGUAAUCUCAACAUUGCAUUCCCAGCCCAGUCACUGCUGGAGACCCGGCUAAUGGUGCUGUGGACCAAACCAAUCAAAGACGCUGGGGGAGCUUUGGUGCUGUUUAUGUCUGGGUUGCAUCCUUCUUGGAAUUUUGCCGCUGUUGAUUUCACAGGCUUGGGGGACCCCCUUAGAGUUCUGCAUUUUAGGUGGGCACACAUACCCAUUGAAAACAGCACAAAAAAACACGCCACCAAAUCAAAAUUUUCCCCAUACAACAUUUUCAAAAAUAACCCAAUUAGGUGUGAAAACCGCACUUCUAACAGCCCAGGUUAGCAUGUUGUAUUGCCGGGAAAGAAGAGGAUGCUUUUGUGUAGGGUGUUCAACAGGUUUUCCAGUAUAUUGAAAAGAAGUUUCAUAAAGCAAUUUCCGCAACCACACAAAACCAACAGCAUUCAGAAAAAAAAUUAAUUUAUGAAAAGUCUUUUAACUUUCUUUACAACAGUACAAAGGUGUGGGGAUCAUUUGAACCAGAAUGCAACAAAAGGGGCGUGGCUUUAUGCAAAACCUCAAAAUUUAUGCAAAAAUAGGAUAGUAGUGUACAUUAAACAUGUUCAGUUUAAUUCAACUGUGUAUUGGGAAAAUUGAAAUAUGUUUUGAGGAUUAAAAAAAAUGCUCAAGAUUAACAUCAAAUGGGUGAGUAAUUACAACAGCCCCUGAGGCGUGAUAGUGCUUCUGUUAAAAUAGAAUAAUUUAAUUGUGUUGUUUUGACAUCAAUUAACUGUGCUUAUGUGACAUCUGAGAGAGUUUUGUAAAUGUAAAUAGAAAAAGCAACAUAAUAGCAGCAAACAUGAUUAUUAUAUAUUAUAUUAUGAUUAUUAUAUAUUAGGCACAUGAAGUAGACAUCCGUCUGUAAAUAUUAUUUUCAGUGCAUCAAAGGACAUUUUCGAGUUCUUCAGAGCCCCCUUUUAAAAGACAGAUGCUUGGCAGAGAAGCAGUGCUCUAACUCGAGACCCAUAGCCACAUCCAUCCCUUGGAAAUUUUAAAUGUAGCCCAUGUUAUCAAUUUUCAGUACACACUACAUAUGGCCCGUGAUGACCGUUAGUUUUCUCACAAACCGUUUCACAAAUGGAUUCAAUCCAUAAUCGACCUUUACAUUGAGCAUCCAAACGCCUGUCCAGUGUUCACUGUGUUUAGGCAGGGAACAACACGUCAUGGCCACUAACCUGUAGUUAGAAUGAAAUGGCCUGUUCAUAAUGGCCCAACAAGUAAAAGUAAAAAGAUAGUGGAAUGCUACAUUGUCAUAAGUGUUUUAUUAAAAUGAAAAAAAUGUGACCAUCUUGUAAAGGAAGCACUAGCUUGAUUUCAUACACUUCGCUGCAUUCACUCCUUAAAGCUGCACAAGAGAUGACGCUGACUACUGGUCUUUUUAACGCCCAUCUGACCACUGCUACCGCUGUACGUGAUGUAUUUUCUCUUUUUCUUUACUUGAUUGUUAUAUGUGGAUGGAAAAUGCAUUUGCAUUUCCACUGUGUUAAACGUGAUCAGAUUCUGUUUCUAACUAACAGCAAAAGUGGUCUGUGUGCUCCGUCAAUUAUCUAAGUCUGACUUAUUCCAAAUGAAAAACUGUUUUUGGUUUAUUAUUAGCAUGCUUGCCUACUUGACAUUGGAAUGAAGAGGUUAAUAGUGAUGAAGCUUAAUUAGGACUAUUGGGUCUUAUGUGGCUUAUAUGAUUACUGUAUCUCACUAAUGGUGGUCAUGGCCAUUUUUAUUUGGAUUUGUUUUCAAUUCACUUGAGGAGGGUGCUAAUUAAUUUUUUUAGCACUAAGGCUCAUUAAAUUCCAGUUAUACCACU